CAGUGACCUAUGAAGAUGUACAUGUUACCUUCACUCAGGAAGAGUGGGCAUUGCUGAAUCCUUCCCAGAAGAAUCUCUACAAAGAUGUGAUGCUGGAGAUCUACAGGAACCUCACUGCUAUAGGCUACAAUUGGGAAAACCAUAAUAUUGAAGAAAAUUGUCAAAGUUCUAGAAGACACAGAAGGCAUGGAAAAAGUAUUACUGGAGAGAAACCCUGUGAAUAUACUCAAGGUGGUAAUGGCUUUGCAUAUUAUAGUCUUCUUCAAGGGCAUGAAAGAAUUCAUAUUGGAGAGAAACCCUAUGAAAUUCUUCAAUAUGGUAAAGCCUUUGAACAUCACAAUCAUCUCCAAAGACAUAAAAGGACAUACACUGGAAAGAAACCCUAUGAAUGUAACCAAUGUGGUAAAGACUUCGGAUGUCCUAGUCAUCUCCUAAUACAUAAAAGAACACAUACUGGAGAGAAACCGUAUGAAUGUAGUCAGUGUGGUAAAGCCUUUGCUGAUCAUAGUCAUCUUCGUAAACAUAAAAGAACACAUACUGGAGAAAAACCCUAUGAAUGUAGUCAGUGUGAUAAAGCCUUUGCAUGUCACAGUAAUCUCCGAAUACAUAAAAGAACACAUACUGGAGAGAAACCCUAUCAAUGUCACCAAUGUGGUAAAGCCUUUGCAUGUCACAGUAAUCUCCGAAUACAUGAACGAACACAUACUGGAGAGAAACCCUAUGAAUGUACCCAAUGUGGUAAAGCCUUUGCAUGUCACAGUCAUCUCCUAAUACAUAAAAGAAUCCAUACUGGAGAAAAACCCUACAAAUGUAAUCAGUGUGAUAAAGCCUUUACACAGGAUAUAUCUCUACAAAUACAUAAAAGAAUACACACUGGAGAGAAACCCUAUAUAUGUAAUCAAUGUGAUAAAGCCUUUGCAUGCCACAGUAGUCUCCGGAUACAUAAAAGAACACACACUGGAGAGAAACCCUAUGAAUGUAAUGAGUGUGGUAAAGUCUUUGCAUGUCACAGUAUUCUCCGAAUACAUAAAAGUACACAUACUGGAGAGAAGCCCUAUGAAUGUACCCAAUGUGGUAAAGCCUUUACACGUCAUAGUAGUCUCCGCAUACAUAAAAGAACACAUACUGGAGAAAAACCCUAUGAGUGUAAUCAAUGUGAAAAAGCUUUUUCACAACAAGGUCAUCUCAGAAUACAUAAAAGAACACAUACUGGAGAGAAGCCCUACAAAUGUAAUCAAUGUGGUAAAGCCUUUGCACGUCAAAAUCAUCUUCAAAGUCAUGAAAGAAUUCAUACUGGAGAGAAACCUUACAAAUGUAAUCAUUGUGAUAAAGCCUUUUCACAACAAAAUAGUCUCCAAAUACAUAAAAGCACACAUACUGGAGAGAAACCCUACAAAUGUAAUCAGUGUGAUAAAGCUUUUUCACAACACAGUUAUCUACGAAUACAUAAAAGAACACAUAUUUGCAUAUAGCAGUAGUCUUAGAAGUCAUGAGAAAAGUCAUACUGCAGAGAAACCCCAUAAAUAUAGUCUAUAUGGUAAAGAUUUUCACUUCAUGGUAUCUUUAUAAAUCUUUUAGUAGUCUUUGAGACCUGAAAGAAUUCAUACUGAAGGGAAUCUAUGACUUAAAGGAUUUGGUAAGAUCUUUAGCAAAUACUUAUUUUCAGUUACACAAGAUUAUUUAUUUUUGGGAAAAAUAGGACAAAUGUCAACAAUGUAUUCAAGCACUAGGUUGUCACUCCUUAUUUUGUUUGCUUUUCAAAACUCAUAGGAACAAAAGCCUUUUUAAAUAAUAAGGUUACUCUUUUAGAAUUCACUGUUCUCUUCAGUUAUAUGGGGAAAAAAAUCUCAUCCAGUGCUAUGAGAUCACCCUGAAAAUGCCAAUGCAACAAUUGUUACACAUGGCAGCUAAAGCAGAAAGCUCAGAGCUCACAUCCUCACCUAAAGCAUGAAAUAGACAGUGGAAACUAGAAAUGGUGUGUGGAUAUAACCUCUCAAGCCCACUCCAAAUAACAUAUUUCCUUCAGCAGGGCACAUUUCCUAAAUCUUCUCAAAUGAUAUCUCCAACUGAGAAGGAUUGAUUUCUCUGAAUGAAAGCCUAAAUGCUUGCUUUUUGUUAAAUGAACCAGUUCAUGAUGAAGAAAAAUUCAGUGGUUAAGACUUGAGGUGCCUCAGUACCCAAGUUAUGGUAAUAAAUGUUUACAUACACAGAAUAGUCAUGAGUGAAAUUUAUGUUUGUAAUUAUUUAUUUAAUUUCAGUUAUGUGGUGUUUUUGCAUCUUUGUGUGUAUAUGUGCAUGCUGGGUCCCAAGAAGAUUAGACCGAUGGAACUUCUUGUAGCAAGGAUUUCAGGAAGUUGUCAAAAAUGUAACAGUGGUCUUGGGAAUGAACCUUGUUUUAACUGCUCUGCCAUGGCUUUAGACCUGGAGAUGUCAGGAAAUAGGAAAGGACUCAUACAAAAGAAAAACCCUAUUCAUGUAAACAGUUUGACAAAGACUUUAAACAUCAUAGUUGUCUUCAGUUUCAAGAAGAAAAAUCUUGUUUCAUCUCUUUUUCAUCGAUCGUAGCCUUGAAGGAAGUAAAUUAUUUACCAUGUUCACUAGAGUGUGAUGGUGGAGACCACCUAUUGUGGUUGUGGUUCGUAUUUUGAAAUAUUUGGAAUAGGUACUGCAGUUUGCUGUAUGUAUAACAAAUCCAUUUACAGAAGUUUAUUAAGCUGUUUUUGUAGUCCUUGUGUGGCUUCUGUUCACUUUCUAUUGCACGUUAACUUGGUGAUAGUUUUUUUUUUUUUCUGGAAUAUGCAGGAUGGGAUCACUAUCAUCUAAGUGGUCCAUUGUUUAUUUAUAUAUCAUACAAUGUGUGAUCAUACUUUUCAAGUAAGUAUGACUGUGAAAGUGCAGUGGUUGGUUGGUUGAUACUGACCUUUGUUUUUCUGAUUUUUACAAAUUUCCUUGAGAUUUGUUACACAGCCUUGCUUGGAUGUCAGUAACUACUCAAGGCUACAUUUGACCUCUUGAUUCUCAUGAAUCAGCCUCCUGAGUACAAGUCCAAGGGUAGAAAAUGUACCCCCAAUGUGUCCUGUUUCUUCAACACUUUUUAACAAUAUUAAUGUUAAAAUUCUUGAUAGAAGAGAAUAUAAGAAAUAUUAAAUACCUCAUGUGUAUCCAAAGCAGCACUUUCAUCUAUUUGGUAGAGUUGUAAUAAUACGAUAAUCAACAAUCAACUGUAUAUCUCACAACAUAGCUUGAUUGGUAUGGAUAUGUAUAUAUUAUUUGAUGUUCUCUGCUGCUUUAUUUUCCCAUUAGUUACCAUUGGCACUUCAGCUUUCUGGAGGAAUUAUUUAUAGAUUCAAGAUACUGUAACAGCAAUGAAAUUUACCUUGUUACGUAUAAUAUUGUAACAGCAAAGAGAAAAAGAUACAUUUCUUUGUGUCUGUGUAAUGUUCUGGGGUUUUAGACCAUGACAGGUAUGUGGAGAUUAGAAGACAACUUUCUGAGUUCUACUUUGGCCAUUUUUUUUAUUUUUAUUUUUAUUAAUUACAACUUAUUCAUUUUGUAUCCCCCCUGUAGCUUCCUCCCUCCUCCCCUCCCAAUCUUCCCCUUCCUCUCCCUUCCCCAUUCAUGCCCCUCCCCAAGUCCAAUGAUAGGGGAGAUCCUCCUCUCCUUUCUUCUGAUCCUAGUCUAUCAGGUCUCAUUAAGACUGGCUGUAUUGUCUUCCUCUGUAGCCUGGUCAGGCUGCUCCCCCCUCAGGGAGAGGUGAUCAAAGAGCAGGUCAAUCAGUUCAUGUCAGAGACAGUCCCUGUUCCCAUUACUAUGGAACCCACUUGGACCCCGAACUGGCAUGGGCUACAUCUGUGCAGGAGUUCUAGAUUAUCUCCAUGAAUGGUCCUUAGUUGAAGUAUCAGUCUCAGAAAAGACUCCUGUGUACUUUGGCCAUUUUUAUAUGAUGAUCAAGGUCGGGUUGCCAGCUGUGCACACCACAGACAUUUCCCACUGAGCCAUCUCACUCAUGCUCAAUGAGAUCAGUUGAAGCAUUGCAUCAAGUAAUUAAUGUAUUGUCUCAUUUUCAGGUUGUAAACAUAUUAUCAUCCCAAGAUAGAGGAAAACAGAACAAUUUGAAUAAUAAAUUUUAUUUGCAAAUGAUA